AUACAUUUAUAUUCGUCGUAACACUCUCCAUUCGUCGUCCCACUAGACUUAUCUGCCUCCGCCUCUGUGAUAUAAUUGCAGAAGAAAGCUGGAGAAUAUAAUAUUUGUGUAGAUUUUAGAGAAUCAUUCGAUUCUUGGUUCAGUCCUUUUUAUUCUAGCAAGAGUCUAUAAAUUUCUAGUUUCGGUAUUGAGAGCCUUGUACUACCUUUCAUCAUCUCUGUCUCCAGACACAGUUUGCAGGAUUUUCGAUAAGUUUCAGGCUGUUUAAACUGCUAUUCUGAAGAUGAAUGCAUUGGUGGCCACCAACAGAAAUUUUAAGUUGGCAGCUCGGCUGUUGGGGCUGGACUCGAAGCUUGAAAAGAGUUUACUCAUCCCAUUUAGGGAAAUCAAGGUGGAAUGUACUAUACCUAAAGACGAUGGAACUCUAGCAUCUUUUGUAGGAUUCAGAAUUCAACAUGACAAUGCCCGAGGUCCCAUGAAGGGAGGAAUCAGAUACCAUCCAGAGGUUGAUCCUGAUGAGGUGAAUGCAUUAGCACAACUGAUGACUUGGAAAACAGCAGUAGCUAACAUACCUUAUGGCGGAGCUAAAGGAGGGAUAGGAUGUAAUCCGGGGGAGUUGAGUAUUUCUGAGCUAGAACGACUUACCAGAGUUUUUACACAGAAGAUACACGACCUGAUUGGUAUCCAUACAGAUGUUCCUGCACCUGAUAUGGGAACUAAUCCACAGACAAUGGCAUGGAUACUAGAUGAAUACUCGAAGUUUCAUGGCUACUCACCAGCAGUAGUAACCGGAAAACCUGUAGAUCUUGGUGGAUCACUAGGCAGAGAUGCUGCUACUGGAAGGGGAGUACUAUUUGCAACUGAAGCCUUGCUUAAUGAGCAUGGAAAGAGCAUUUCCGGACAACGAUUCGUUAUACAGGGAUUCGGGAAUGUAGGUUCCUGGGCUGCUCAGUUCAUCCACGAAAAGGGUGGAAAAGUUGUUGCAGUAAGUGAUAUAACCGGAGCAAUCAAGAACAGUAAAGGAAUUGACAUUCCAAACCUACUCAAGCACGUAAAAGAAAAUCGUGGAGUGAAAGGUUUCCAUGGUGGGGAUUCAAUCGAUGCCAAUUCAAUAUUGGUGGAAGACUGUGACGUUCUCAUCCCUGCAGCACUUGGCGGUGUGAUCAACAGGGAGAACGCAAAUGACAUUACAGCCAAAUUUAUUAUUGAAGCAGCUAACCAUCCAACUGAUCCAGAGGCUGAUGAGAUUUUGAAAAAGAAAGGCGUCGUUAUCCUUCCUGACAUCCUUGCUAAUGGAGGAGGAGUUACAGUUAGCUAUUUCGAGUGGGUUCAGAACAUACAAGGAUUUAUGUGGACUGAGGAGAAAGUGAACACAGAGCUAAAGACUUACAUGACAAACGGAUUCAAAGAUGUCAAAGAGAUGUGCAAAACACACAACUGUGAUCUCCGUAUGGGAGCUUUUACUCUAGGAGUUAAUCGUGUAGCCCGGGCUACAGUUCUCAGGGGCUGGGAAGCUUGAGGGCCUCUGGUAUAAAUAAAGAGAAAACCUCAUCUGUAUUUCUAUGGUUCUUCUCUAAUUCAUGCAUGCAUGCAUUGUAGUCCAACAGAAGAUUUGACAAUGUUAAACAUCGGUUUAACAUUAUUGUGAAUCUCUGUGUUUUCAUUCAUUCUGUAAUCCAUGACGGCUUUCAUUAGAUAAGGGAAGUAACCAUCAUAAUUGUUGUGAAACAUUUCCACCAUCUUACUUUCUUCCAGUACAACUGCAAAUUGUGCUCAAGAUGGCCUUGCAAUAUAUUAUGAAACGUUACCAGUCAAUAGAUUUUUCUUUGUUACA